AUGUUCUGGUCACAACACGAGAAACCCACGCACCACAUGUCCCGUACACUGGCUGCACUAACACAGACUGAAGAGGCCCCGCCCCCACGCACACAGGCCACGCCCACACACAACUCCCGACACGACCCCCGUUUCCCCCAGGCGAGUGUCGUCAGUGAAGCUCCCAUGGUAAAUACGAACACCUGCGGAGUCAGCGGGCAUCAACACGACCAGAAGCCCCAGCGGCACUGGCCACAGCAGCUGCAGAAUCACUCCACAGUCUUCUCAGGGCUGGAUUUGGCAAAGUGUUCCCUUCUGAUGUGGGACGACCGGUUUAGAUGA